AUGGCCCUCCCUCGUCUCGCAUCCGGGUCUGCGCAGCUCGCACACCGCCAGCAGCACGCACACACCCAACAACAACACAGCGACCCACUCGCGUUCCUCUCGGCCAAGCCCUACCUCGACACCAUCCGCGACAUCAUGCCCGCCUUGGCCCAGUCACCGCAGGCCUCGUCCAGCGCGUCGCCGUCGGGCUCGGCAUCGACCCCCCUCAAGACUCCUGCCGCGAUCCCGUGGUCCGCACCCCGCCGCGCGUCUCUCGCGUCGACCUACUCGUCCGGCAGCUCGACAGAGUACGACGAGGAAGACGCAGACGCGUGCGGCUUCUCGUCCGAGGACGACGACGACGACUUCCUCGUUACCCCACCCUUCCCCGCCGUCGAUGCCGUCGCCUCGUCCGCCGCCGCCGCGUCCAAGGGCAAAGGCAAGGCCAUCGUCGACUUGACCGCUCCGUUCGCUUCGAUCUCGCUCGCCGAAGUCGCAGAAGACGACGACGCCAACUCUCCGCCUUGGCCCCAACCCUCGUCGCUCCCCGACAUCCCUUCGCCCGCUCGCCUCCCUCCCCCAGCUCUCCCUCUCGUCUCCCACCCCGCGCCCAAACCCGCGCCCGAUCCGCACCCGCAAACCCGUCCGCCUCCUCAGCCCUCGCCUCCAACCCAAGCAGCAGCCGAAGACUCCUACCGCGGCCGUUCGCGCUGGCCACGUCUCCUCUGGCGCUCAGAUAUCGACGUCGACUCGCUGCGCGUGUUGAAGAACUACCAUGAGCGCGCGGUCGGCGGUCCGCUGCCGGUUCUCCAGAGCGGGAUGGGCAAGAGGGAUGUCGAGAGGUGGAGUCGCGCGAUGGAGAAUGCGGGACUCUAG